CGGGGCCGCCGUUCGGUGCGCAGCUGCAGAGGACAGCUUCCGGGAGGCGGGCCGGCGGAAGUGAGGGCGGUCGAGGCUGGGCCGGCUGCUGCGGUAGGAGGGGCCGUGAGGUGAGAGAGUCCCGUAGCCGGAGUCUGAGGAAGGGAAAUCUGUGGUUCCUUGAGAUGGCCUGAUAUGAAGGAGUCACACGUCCUGCCUCCCCGAGCUGCCCUGUGGCUACCUUGUCCUUCAAGUGCAGGAGCUGGCUGAAAUGUCGGGAAUGGAAGCUAAUGUGACUAUUCCAAUCUGGCAAAACAAGCCACAUGGGGCUGCUCGAAGUGUAGUGAGAAGAAUUGGGACCAACCUACCCCUGAAACCAUGUCCCCGGGCAUCAUUUGAGACCCUGCCCAACAUCUCUGACCUGUGCAUGAGAGAUGUGCCCCCAGUCCCUACUCUGGCAGACGUUGCCUGGAUUGCUGCAGAUGAAGAGGAGACAUAUGCCCGGGUCAGGAGUGAUACACGGCCCCUGAGGCAUACCUGGAAGCCCAGUCCUCUGAUUGUCAUGCAGCGCAAUGCCUCUGUGCCCAACCUGCGUGGGUCUGAGGAGAGGCUCCUGGCCUUGAAGAAACCAGCCCUGCCAGCCCUAAGCCGCACCACUGAGCUGCAGGAUGAGCUGAGCCACCUGCGCAGCCAGAUUGCCAAGAUAGUAGCAGCUGAUGCAGCUUCGGCUUCAUUAACGCCAGAUUUCUUAUCUCCAGGAAGUUCAAAUGUCUCUUCUCCCUUACCUUGUUUUGGAUCCUCAUUCCACUCUACAACUUCCUUUGUCAUUAGUGACAUCACCGAGGAGACCGAGGUAGAGGUCCCUGAGCUUCCAUCAGUCCCCCUGCUUUGUUCUGCCAGCCCUGAAUGUUGUAAACCAGAACACAAAGCUACCUGCAGCUCGUCUGAAGAGGAUGACUGCAUCUCUCUGUCCAAGGCCAGCAGCUUUGCAGACAUGAUGGGUAUCCUGAAGGACUUUCACCGGAUAAAACAGAGCCAAGAUCUGACCCGGAGUUUAAUGAAGGAGGAAGACCCUGCUGUGCUUAUCUCUGAGGUCCUAAGGAGGAAGUUUGCUUUGAAGGAAGAAGAUAUCAGUAGAAAAGGAAACUGAUGGCACUCCACUCUGCAAACUCAGUCUCUUGCUCCUGGAAUUCCUUCAAUAGCUGCCUUCCUCACCGCAGAUGUUUCUGCCUCUCAAUACAGUCUUGCUGACAAGCUAGAUCUUGGGCUGAAAGAGAAGAGCUGGAUUAUAUGUUUUCCAUUUGAGCUGAGACACUUGUUUCAGGUAGUUGUAUAUGGUGGAGUCUCAGCUUAAGGAGAAUGAAAGAAGUUUGUUUUUCCUUGUCCCUGUGUGAAAAUAGGACCUAAAUGAAUGACUGACUUCACUGCAUUAGACCCCAUAACUGGUCUCACCAGACACCUUGUGCCAGCUGUCACUUACUCUCAGCAGCUUUCUUGCAGCAGAGCAGAGCUGAGGGGAAGGGGCUACAAGUGUUUAUGUACAUGUUCACAGGGCAGGGAAUAUCUUAUGCUGCUCCAUCAUAAACCUACACCAAUGCCCAGCAGUCACACCUUCCCUGUCUAGAUGUAGAGUUCAGGCCACUGGACCAGCCAAGACUUGGGCUGCUAUUGGGAGGCCUAGGCUAUUUUUUCUUAAACAUGUUUUAUAAUACUGUACAACCAAAUCUACCCUCCAAGGCCCUGAGGCCUCAUCACUUCCACCGACUGAAAACUUUUCUUCCACGGACUCUAGUAAGUCCAGUAGGUAAGAGAAAUGGGGAGGGGAAAGAGCAUACCAUCCUUUCAGGCCCUUGGCUGACUAUUCCAUUGAAUUGGGCCAAGGUACAUACUUAACUGCAUCAUGCAUGCAUGACUCAGAUGCCCUCAGGGCCCUUUCUCUAGGUAUGUAUACUGUGUGUGUUUGGGUUGAAACACUAGCUGAUAUUAAAUGAAGGAUUUGGAGAAAUAGUACAUUUUCUUUGUCCAUCUCUUGAGUUGUGAUUAUCCAGCAUCCUUUAAGGGUAGAGGAUUUCUAUUAAUUUUAAGGUACAUGAACUUUCUUAAACAGGCUCCUGGCUUACUCUUUUUUCAAGGUCCUGCACUUUAGUAAAAGUAAACUUCCCUAGGAAGUUUCUUUCCCCAUUAUGGAGAGAUUUUGCCCUAAACUCUUAAAAGCAGUUCCAUCUUAUACUUACAGGUUUGCCCCUAGAGGUUGUUUAAGCCUCAGGUACUCUACCUGCAACAUGAGAAACUGCCACCUUGUGGACUAUGCUUUGGGUAAGAAAGGGCCAAAUAAGAUCUGUUCAGGGCAAUGACAGAAUAUAUUAAAAAGUUUCUUUUUCAAAAAUAAAA